UGUGCGCUUUUACCGCGCGCUUUUUACGCACAGGCAAGCGCACAGCACCUUUAUGCGAUCCAGGCUAUAUGCUAAAAUAGCUCCAGCGCUGGCCUCAAAGACCGCAGGUCCACAAAAUAAACGCGUUAUUGACGAAGUAAACUGGUCCGACCGUCGAUCUACGCGUCCAAAGGGAAAGUGUCAUUGGCCUGCGACAGCGUAGUGUUCCACCAACAAAUUUUGCUAUGGGCAAAAAGUCUCGCGAAGAAGACUCCUCAUCAUCUGAUGAGGAAGAGUAUGUUGUGGAGAAGGUGCUGGACAGGAGAGUGGUGAAAGGCAGGGUCGAGUUCUUCCUGAAGUGGAAAGGAUAUUCAGAAAAACACAACACCUGGGAGCCAGAGAAGAAUCUGGGUUGUCCUGAGCUUAUUUCAGAAUUCAUGAAGACUUACAAGAAAAGCAGCAGCAGUGGUGGAAGCUCCACGCCUAGCAGUGGGGCCAGCAAAUCAGUCACAGCCUCCUCGGGUCGCUCCAAAGACUCCAGUAGCUCAAAGAAGAGAAGCUCUGAAGAUGAAGAGGACGAAGAGGAGGAGGAGGGUGGCAGUAAGCCCAAAAAGAAGAAGAAGGAGGAAGACAUUCUUGUUGCCCGUGGUUUUGAGAGAGGACUGGAGCCAGAGAAGAUCAUUGGAGCGACUGACUCAUGUGGAGACCUAAUGUUUCUUAUGAAAUGGAAAGACUCUGAUGAGGCCGAUCUUGUCCUCGCCAAAGAGGCCAAUAAUAAGUGCCCGCAGAUCGUCAUAGCCUUCUAUGAGGAGCGUCUCACCUGGCACGAAGACAGUGACAAGAAGGAGAAGGAUGCGGUCACAGCAUGAGCGUGCAUCACCUCAGGAGGAAGCCAAACCUCCUCAACUGCAGGGACAACCUUGAGUCAGACAUUUUCACACCCAAACCUCCCAUCUUUGCUCUUCACCAUGUCCAACAAAGACAGCGAACAUAGUCAUGUUCUCUCCAUCCAUGCCCCAAAGGCCCCACAGUGCUGAGCAGGAUCCAUCAAAAAGGGGUGGGGGGGAAGCUGUAGCAGACAUGGGUGACCUGCUGCUGGGGAGGGUUUCUGCGGUUCUGUCUUUGUAUUCUUUACUUUCCCUUUUCCAUGUCUUAACACAGCAUAUUUCAGUGCUUUCAGAACACGGUUGUGUCUGUAAGGUGUGUUGCAUCCGUUGGCACAUGUGGCCAUUUGAUAACAUUCAGAAAUAGUCCAGAGUUGGUAAAAGCUGUCUCAAAUUUGCGCUUGUCCCGUGGCAGGCGCCCAACCCCCACCCUGUACAGGCAGUGCAUCUCUUUGCUUUUACAGCCCUCUAACAUCACUGAGGAUUAAACUGUCGUAUUAAAUGUAAAGGAAGCAACCACCACAGUGCUUUCCUGACUGCAUAAUCACUUCCUUUUUAAAAAACUUUUUAUCUCUUGUAGAUUUUUCAGUUUGUCCUGUCUACCGGUACAUAACUACGAAAUGUGCAAACUUGCAGAAGACACCGGCCAAUUGAGUCUUUAUAAUGUUGUGAUGAUAUCCUUGUUCAUUUUUUAAGAAAUUGCCAUUUGUAUCUCUUUAUUUCCAAGUUUGAACAUGUAAACAUUGUAUGGUGUUAUUAUUAUUUCUUUACCCUAUCACUAGUUCAAGAAAAGGACAAUAAAACAUUUGCUCACUUCUGAACUUUUUUUUCUCCUUUUUUACAAUUUUUUUUGGAUUGCAGUGUUAUCUUUGGACCAGUCUAAUGUUCACAGGUUAGACAAUCAUCCCUCUAUCCACAUGAAAUGAAACCAGCAUCAAUCAUCCAUCAUUGGGGGCUGCCACCUUGUGGCUAAAAGGCGGACAUCUUUUUGACCAAGUGACCAAUAUCUUUGACAAACCUGCAGUUUUAAUGGUGUGCUGGAACUUGUUAGUUAGUGAUACUCCGCUGAGAUUUUUGUGUGUUUUGUGAGAAAAAAAAAUCUACUCCGCAAUUUGAGUAUUUGUUGUUCAUCAUUGUAUUGUUAAUUUGAAACAUUAAAACCAGUUUCUGAUUGGAUGAUGCAUA